AUGCAAAAGGCAGAUGACCGGAGCGGCGCCGCUGAAGAUACCGGAUCCGGAACCGGAAAGACGAACGGCUCGUCAGCGGUAACAGCAUCUUCAUCUUCAUCAACAACAGCAACAACAACAGCAACAGCGGUUCCUGUUAUAGCGGCACCUGCUUCAGUGGCUUCAUCUGCAUCUCCGCCUUCGUAUGCUGCUACGACCACGUCUCCAGAUACAAUCACACGCCGGGCAAAGGCCUGUGAGUACUGCCGAUCGCUUAAAGUUCGGUGUACGCCAGUUGACCCUGCACGUCCAACAGACCCGUGUUUACGAUGUGUCAAGGCUGGUCGUGAGUGUAUAUUUCAUUUAGGUCCACGACGGCGUGCGCGCAAGUCCGACAGAACUACCAAGACAACACAAUCGCUCGUCGCGGAGCUCGAGAAGAAAGUCGACCUGCUUUCUUCAGUGCUUUCGCAGAGCGUUUCUAACGCGCCGGCAAAACCAAUUACUAUUUCAACCCUGACUGAAGAAGGGCCAUCGGAACGACAGGUACACAUACCGGCACGUACCACAGCUGUUACUCAGGCCGACACGACUAUUACACUUGCACUCCCACCACCUGCUAGCCUUGAAGCUUUGCGUCGAACGCUUAUUCAAAAGUGGCGCGUACUUUCAUCGCACGACACAGCACGCGCAAACCAUCUAUUAACACUUACCCAUCAUGUUGCGCCAACAAUCGACACAGACAUUGUUGCGCAGGGCAUUUUGUCUGCACGCGAUGCGGAAUACCGACUUUGUCUCUACCAAAAUACUUAUCAUGAAAAGAUUCCCAUUGUGUCUCUCCCGCCAGUCGUCACAGUCGACAUGCUAAGGCGUGACACUCCGAUGCUUUUUUUGACAAUCAUGGCUAUUGCUUCCGGUGCAGUAGAACGCAGCGGGGAAGUAGCGGCCACUUUUGAAACAGCUUUGAAAAUCAACUGUCAGUUUAUUGAUAUUUUAAUAUUUGAAACUAUGGUUCUGGGCAAACGUUCAGUAGAGCUUCUUAAAUGUCUUAUUCUUGCCAAUGUAUGGUAUAACUCACCGGAAAUAUUACCAUACCAAAAGGCCCAAGUUCUCACUGAAAUGUGUCUUAUAAUGACGCGUGAAAUGGGUAUUGGCGGUUGCGACUCUACGGCCCAGCUAGCUGGAAUCACAGGGUUAAACUCUAGAUCUGAAGCUGCUGCUGCUGCUGCUGCUACUGAAGUUACGGCUACAAGCAAGCUAACUCUUUUAAGGCCUUCUUCAUAUGAGUGCCGCAAGCUUUGGCUAACGGUCUAUAUUUCGUGCGUCAAUGUAUCUGCUGUAUUGAAACGUCAUUCAGGGUCUCUUUGGACCCGGUAUACUGAGGAGUGUUGCGAGGUCCUUGCACACGAUUCUCGGCCCAUGGAUGAGCGCCAGACAGUGUUUGUUGCCCGGCUUAAUCGAAUUCUUGAGCAAAUAAUGAAGUACAUGUCUGGACCAACACCUCCGGAUGUAAGCGAUCCACGGACGCAAGCUCUCGUGCAGCAUUUCGAGCGCGUACUAGACACUCAGUUCCCGCCGGCACGCGUACGCCAGUCAAAAACUUCCAUAAUUACUGUUAACUUGGUGCGCCUGGUGCUGCACGAGGCGGUGCUUCAUGGUCCAUUUUCCCCAAAGGAGGGACGAGCACCCUUUAGUGAGUAUUCACUACGAGGGCCUCAAAAUGAGCCUUUGGACCCUGACUCUGCACGAUCAUUUGGGACUGUUAGAUAUGCAGCUACCGAAAUUCUUGUGGCCUUUUCCGAGUUUCCUGUGGAUCAACUUGGGUCCACACCUAUGUUACUUUAUUCUCGGAUUGUUCUUGCGGCCGCUUCGCUACUCAAACUGCGUGCCCUUGCGGCUAUUUCACCAGCAGUGCGAGCCGUUUGCGCAGUGGCCGAUGCGGCGCUGGCGCCUGUACAUGCUAUUAUUGCAAAGCUUGAUGCUGUCACGGAACAGUUCCCAUUUGCCAACGGAGCUGCAACUUAUGCUAUUGUACUGCGAUUAUUACUUUGUCAUCACCACAGUUUUAUACGUGAAGAACAGAAAACCGGACAUAUUGAGUCCGAAAGUGAGUCUGAUAGUGAUAUAGAGGCCGAAGUUGAUGGUAAAAAACAUGCGUUAUCUGUGCCUGCGUUUGUACCUGCCAAACGGAGACGUCACGAAAAGAAGACCGAAGAAACUUCUGAAAAUCCUGUGCCAGAACCCGAACCGAUGCGCGAUGACAAUGCACUUCCAAUAUGGCUCCGUGAUCCACAUGAAUGGCGGGGGCUUAUGGGUGGUGCUGAGACUCUUGCUGGAUUUGAGUUGUCAAGUUGA